AUGGGCUGAACUAACUCAGGUGGAACACAUAACGCCAAGCAACCUGCCAAGAAGGAAGGAGCCACUACACAGAUCAAGAAGAAGUACAAAAUUGAGACGAAUAUUCUUGGGUCUGGUGCUUUUGGGAAGGUAUUCCUGGCUUCGUCUACAAAAGAUCCUGAUUUUAAGGUAGCUAUCAAGGUCAUUUCAAAAUCUAAACUGGGUGACGACAUUGAAUCUCUGAAGGACGAGAUCAGCAUCCUGAAAUCUCUUGAUCACUCAAACAUCGUCAAGUACUAUGAGACAUUUGAGAAUAACAGAUUUAUGUACAUUGUCAUGGAGUACUGCCCUGGCGGCGAGCUCUUCAACAUGAUCUCAAAGAAAGCCAAGAACGAAGGCGCCUUUAAUGAGUCUGAGGCAGCCGAUAUGAUGGGACGCUUAUUAAGAGCUGUAAACCACUGCCAUUCUUUAGGCAUAGCCCAUAGAGAUAUCAAACCUGAAAACAUCUUGGUAAACGAAACCGGAGACUUGAAACUAAUCGAUUUUGGACUCUCAAAGCAGGUAAAGGUCAAAAAGAUGCAUACAAUAGUUGGGACACCCUACUACGUAGCUCCAGAGGUCCUUGAGGGAAAGUACGGCCUCAAGUGUGACAUCUGGUCUCUCGGAGUUAUCCUCUACAUCCUUCUCAGUGGGUACCUUCCUUUUGGAGGAACCUCCGUAGCAGAUGUUUUUGAUAAAAUAAAAGAAGCCAAAUACUCAUUCAAACAGAAAGAGUGGAAGAAAGUCAGUCCUGAAGCAAUAGAACUCAUCAAAAACAUGUUGGAGGUAAACACCAAGAAGAGGUUCAAUGCUGAGCAGUGUCUAAAGCACUCCUGGUUCAAAGUUGCUAAUAACAUGAAGGAAGACGAGGAGUUAGACCCACUUGACCCAGAUAUUUUGGAAAACUUAACUAACUUCAAAGGUAGCUCCAGAUUUAAGAAGGCAGCAAUGAAUUUAUUCGUUAAGACAAGUAACGCCAAAGAAUUUGAUAAACUCAGGAAGGAAUUUGAAAAACUGGACGAAGACCAUACUGGCCAAGUAGAUGCUGAAGAAUUAUCGAAGGCUUUGAAAAAGUCAGAUAUUAAUUUCCCUGAGGAUAGGAUAGAAGCUAUUAUUAACGAGAUUGAUCAUAAAGGAAAUAACAGUAUCAAUUACACUGAGUUCCUUGCUGCAACUAUGACUGCCAGGAAAUUACUCAAUGAGAAUAGGCUAGUCAUGCUCUUUAGGGAGUUUGACACUGACGAUUCAGGCUAUAUCACCAAGGAAAACCUUGAAGAGGCAUUCCACAAGCUCGAUAGCCCUCUCACUAAAAAGCAAAUUCAAGAAAUUAUAACUGAACAUGAUGAUUCCAGGGAUGGAAAAAUUUCAUUUGAAGAAUUUAGCAAAAUGCUUUUGGGAGAAGAUGAUAAACUUAUUGAACUCAAAAAGUCGGCAAUCAUGUAAUAAUCUCAUUAAUCUCAUAAAUUCAAUAAAAA